CUCGACUUUCAUUCAACCUUCCUGCUGCUACAGUUUGCAUCGCGCGCGCACAUCGGGACGUCCACACUCACCAAUACAAAGUCGCCUCUGUCAUGUCAUCGACUUCGGUAUUCAAGGCUCCCCAGUGGAUCAGCAGCCUUUACGCAAAGUAUCCAUUGGUUGUCCUCCCACAAGAGGACGCCCUUGAGUGGAAGCGCUCUGCCAGCUCCCCGUACACCCUUUGGAUUCACCCUCCAACGGUCUUCAACAGUCCACACUAUCGAGAGUGGGCGUCGGCCUCGCCCGCAUCUCUUCGCGCUCAACUUCUAUUCCUCCUGCGUGCAGUCCCAAUCCGCGUUCAGCCUUGGAGUAAUGAAGAGGCUGCUCCGAAGGGAAAGCUCCCAACUCUCCAUGUGAUCGAGGAGAAUCGGCUCGUUGCGGCAGACGACAUUCGUCAGUGGCUGGAUAGCACGCAUCCUUUGCAGGGCAAGUCGGCAAAGCUCCAUGGCAUGCCAAACCAGGAAGCGUAUGACGAGGCGCUUGCGAUUGCUCAACUGGUUCUGGUGCGACUUCUCCCUGCAAUUUUGGUGUCAAAGAGCGAGACGUCCGCCGACAUUGCCACCUUGCUUCCCCAGCCGCCGGCACUAGUUGCUGGUCUCACAACCCCCUUGCCUGCUUCCUUUACAGGAGAUGACCGAACAAUUGACGGCGUGAUUUUGGUCGAAUCCGGGAUCCAGGCGCUGGAGACACUGAAGGAACUGGUCAAGCCUGAGCAGUGGGCGCUACAGGCAAAGACGCCAACCCCCCUCGAUGCUCUUAUCGCAUCUCACCUCUACUGCAUUUAUGGCCUAUCGUCCGUGUCUCCGCUGCGAGAGAGUCUCGACGAUACCCCGGAGCUGGGUGCGUACGUCGAUCGGGUGCUGGACUUCGCCGCCAGUGCCCUUCAGCAAUAGAUUCCAACGCAUCCGCGUCCUGCGUUGUACCUCUUACCACUCAAUUAUCUCUGCAUCACGGGUCUAUGUGGC